AUGCAGUCCGUGCAAAGGCAGUUCGGCAAGCUCAUGAGCAAGAGCCCUGGUGACAAUGCCAAAAUCGCCGCAGUCUUACACGACUACGAAGAUGCAGACAGCCUGCUGAGCAAGAUCAUCGAGAACACGAGGACUCUCCGUGAUGCCUGGGUGGCCAUGGUCACUAGCCAGUGGGCUAUCGUGAAGGAAUAUCAGGGAUUGUAUGACCCCAUUGUUGGAGCCUCCGAGGGACAUGCUCGCCCCGGCGUUGAGACGCCUCAGCUGCAGCUCGAUCGCACAUUUAAGCUCAGCGGAGUGUACUCCGACCUCAAGGAUGAGCUGAUUGGGGAAGUGGCGGCAAUUGACUCCCAGGUCAUUCGUCCAGCCACUGAAGCCCGCGAAUUCAUUCAGCCUCUACGUAAAACUAUCAAGAAGCGCGAGAACAAACGGCUGGACUAUGAGAAGGCCCAAGAGAAGGUCAAAAAGCUUCAGAAGAAGACCGGGAGGACGCCAAAAGAAGAUGCCCAGCUGUCAAAGGUUGAAUUUGAGAUGUCAUGCGCGUCCGAGGAGUUCGAGGUCGCAGAUGUCCACCUUCGAGAUGCCUUACCCCCCAUCAUAGAAGCCAUAUUUGCCUUAAUUCCUCACUUGCUAGCCUCUCACGUCUGCAUUCAAAACAGGCUACUUGGCCUGUACUACACUGCGCUCCACAACUACUGCGAGGACCACGAUUUCCCUUCUCCUCCACCCCCAUGGAAAACGUGCUGCAUAUCGCAUGGCAAGAACUGGAGACAGCCGGCCAGGAUAGGGGAUGACGGACAGAGUCGGAAGUCAUCGGCAUACCCAGCAUCAUCACGCAACGGAUUCGCUCGGACACCGUCUGAUACAAGUGAAAGUGCAGCACCGACGCUACGAACCAUGCGAAUACCUUCUACCACCUCAGCCAAUCGAUCCGCAUCCACUUUAGAUUUCUCGCCGCAGCCAAGUCCACAAUCAAGCAGUAUAAGCGUCUCGCGCUCGCAGCUCGGCCUCCCUACCGACUUCACAACUGCCACAGCUCUUGGACAACCUCAAGGCGCUUCGAAUGUGUCGCCGGCCUACAUAGGCUCCCGUGCGGAGUAUUUCGGCCACCAAUCAGGGCUUCCAUCGGAUCACGGCAAUGUUGUAGCGAAGAAGAAGCCACCACCACCGCCCCCAGCGAAGCGCUUAAAGGCGCCGGAAGAGUAUGUUGUAGCUCAGUAUGAUUUCUCAGGAGGCGACGGGGAUUUAAGCUUCCGCGAAGGUGAUAGAAUCAGGAUCGUAAAAAAGACAGAAACGGAUCAGGACUGGUGGAUGGGCGAACUGGGUGGCGUAAAGGGUAGUUUCCCUGCCAACUAUUGCAAGGCCGCUUGA